UCUCUGGCACUAAAAGGAAUCAGCACAGUUGUAGCUAUUUCAAGACUCUCUCCUUCCAGUGUUCAGAGAGAACACUGUUAGAUAGAAUAACUCUCUGUUACUUAGAGCAACAUGUGCUAGGCUGAAGAUGCCUUUUCCAAGAUCACAUAUGAAAAUGCUUUUCCCAACUUAACGUAUCUUGUUUUUUUUUUCUGUGAAAUACAAAGGAUUUUUUUGUUGUGAUACUUUAUUUUUUUAAAUUUACUUAUUGAAAGCGUAAUAAUACUACCAAUAAUUUGAAAUGCCUCAUAACCGUACACGGAACCCCAGCCCAGUUCCCGAUGUAAACUGGGAUUCUGGACUUAAAGAGAUGAAUGAGACGUGGAAAGGAGCGAUCGGUUGCCUUGGAGUGGCCAUCUUUUUCAUUAUGACUAUCGGGAUCAUAUAUUGGCAGGUGGUGGACCAACCCAACAAAAACUGGAUCCUGAAGGGAAGGUUUAGUGGGCUGAUAUGGGAAAGGACUACGCAAACACUGAUCCUGCAGACGUUAAGUGAAAACAAAACGUUUGUCGAGAUCGAUGUAGGAAAUUUUCCCGUUAUGGAACAGCCGUUUGUUAAGAAUUUGUGCUGGCUCAAUAAGACUGAAUUUUGCUACACGUGGGAUUCUGUAACCGAGCUUAAAAUUUCGCUAGACCACAGUUUCUCAGCUGGUACUGAGUGCUACAGUAUAACAUGGACUCCGAUACAUUGUGACGUGAAACUAAAGGAUUGCUUUUCAAUGACGGACAUAUUCUGGUAUGGAGGAGCAAGUACGAGUGCUCAGCACUGGCCUAUGAACAAUAUGAACAUGGCACUUCAGCCUUUUAUCAUCAGCAACCUUAAAUCCAGUCCUUCAGCCUAUGGGUCAGUCCUAGAGCGAUACUUCUUAGGAUCAACUGGCGUAGCAGUAUUGAUCAACCCAGAUGUUCCAGUGUCUGUUUCUAUAGACAGGAAUAAAUCAUUUUGUGUGGAGACACCACCAAGUACAGACAUGUCUCCACUGCAGUAUACAGUGUGCGUUGGCGAAACCAUCCAAUCUGUCCAUCAUGAAAUGGAAAGCCUGCUGUAUGAGAAGCCGAGACGGCUUCCAAGCAUGGAUAUACUCGGGAUGCCGUUAUGGAAACACUACGGAAUAUCUGAUUCUGCAGCAAAGCUUGAAAGAGAAUUACGAUCAUUUAAUAAUAAGCUCAGAAGACUUGGAUUGGGGGAAUGCCUGAUUGCUAUUGACGAACAUUCCACAAUGUUACUUUCUAGUAAGGACCACAAACUCGGUAUGAACCAAGGAGAGACGCUGCAAAGACACAGACGAGAUCCAUAUCUCCUUAAGAAUUUAAAUUUGUUAUUAACCACAUCACUGUAUGCCCAUAUCAACUCAGAGCCAUUUCAGAUGUACCUGCGGGAAGAGAAUGAAAACUACUGGCUCAGUCUUCAUUCAAAACUCGACGGCUCACUGUAUCCAGUUCUUACAAAGUGGAAGGGGCAGUUUUCUGUGAGAUUAAAUAUAACCAGUGAAACGGCUGUUAACUGGUAUUUGAACACUGUGAGCUCCCUGAAGAGCAAGCUUGGGGCCAAAUAUGUCUCAUUUGAAGGGGUGGGAGGAAAUACAUUUAUAGAACAAUCAAUGAAUCCUGCUAAGGGCUUGCAAGGAGACCAUUACACAGGCUUCCUAGCCUCCCUAGUGGCAAAGCUUGGGAACUCAACCAUAAUUACGGCAAGCACAAGGUCAAACUAUUUACCAAUAUUUGUUCAGAUGAACCCAUUAUAUUCAGACUGGAGCUACAAUGGAAUUAAAGGAAUGAUUCCGUCAAUUCUUCAUUACAGUUUGUUAGGAUACAAUUAUUUCAUUCCAGAUGCAGUAGGAGGAACAUUAUCGGGAGAAUUUUUAACAGAUGAAGAGUUAUUUAUACGUUGGCUGCAAAUUAUGACGUUCCUACCUGUCAUGUCCUUUAAUACUCCACCUUGGGUUUGCUGUGAUGACUGGGUCUUAAAUCUUACACGACAAUAUAUCCAGAAACAUCAAGAGUUUGUUGUUCCCCUGCUGAUGAAAUAUGCUGAGGAGUGGCUCAGCUCUGGGAUGCCUAUCUACAGACCAAUUUGGUGGCUCAGUCCAGAUGACCCAAGGGCAUUCACAAUAGACAAUGAAUUUCUAAUAGGAGAUGAGAUGCUGAUCGCACCCAUUACAGAGCAAGGCGAGGUUCAACGAGACAUUUUUCUUCCAGGAAAUGGCUAUCAAUGGGUGGACACAAAGACCUCCCAGGUGUUUGACGGCGGUACCAUUCUGAAACGCUAUUAUUGCAGUUUGCUGGAGAUUCCAGUUUUUAUCAGGAAAACCACAUAGUCAGAACUCUUAUUGAUAAGACUUACAAAUAUCACUUCUGAGAAGAAAAUUACUAUAGAAGUGUCUCUUAUUUAGAGAUGACUGCACUUUUCUACGCACUCCAAGGAUCAUAUGCUUUUAUUUUUAAUUAUCUUUCGUUACAUUAUUAUUAUUAUUUUUGUCUAUGUCCAGAUUUUGACUCAUUUACCUUUGCCACCACGGUGUCAUCUUCUCUUACUGAAUAACGGUGUGCUGUGAUAUUAAAAGCUCAGACCAAUAUCCACUAUUAUGUGUUGCAAAAAAAGUCUUAGUAAAUUACUUGCAAUAUCUACCUCUCUCUAUUAACAAAGUGAUUUAAAACA